UCAACAUUUAUAAUACAAUGGCUCAACAUAUCAAAUCCGAAGAGGUUAUAGUCCUUUCCGUCUGUUCCAUUUGUCGGGGAGAUUCACUAUGGGCGCGUAUAAGUAUAUGCAAGAACUUUAUCGUAAAAAGCAAAGUGAUGUACUCCGCUUCUUGCUCCGUGUUAGAUGCUGGCAAUAUCGUCAAUUAACUAAAAUGCAUCGUGCCCCCAGACCAUCUAGACCAGAUAAAGCACGGCGUUUGGGUUAUAAAGCUAAACAAGGUUUUGUCAUAUUUAGAAUUCGUGUAAGGCGAGGUGGUCGUAAACGUCCAGUUCCUAAAGGUGCAACUUACGGAAAGCCAAAAAGUCAUGGUGUGAAUCAGUUGAAACCUACCAGAAAAUUACAGUCUGUUGCAGAAGAACGUGUCGGUCGCCGUUGUGGCGGUUUACGAGUAUUGAACAGUUAUUGGGUAGCUCAGGACUCUUCAUAUAAAUAUUAUGAAGUUAUUUUGGUUGAUCCGGCACAUAAGGCAAUUCGUAAUGAUCCAAAAGUCAAUUGGGUAUGUAACGCAGUACACAAACAUCGUGAACUUCGUGGGAAGACAUCAGCUGGCAGAAGUUCGCGAGGUUUAGGUAAAGGACAUCGUUAUUCUCAAACUAUUGGUGGAUCUCGUCGUGCAGCAUGGCUAAGAAGAAACUCCUUAUCCCUUCGUAGAAAGCGAUAAAUUGUUCAAAUUUUUCUAACAGUGGCUUUUAUAUAUACAUGAUACAUCAUUUCAUUGAUAUA